AGAUUGAAAUGGCCAGCCUGUGAAAAAGGUAGUGUGGAGGCAAUUAGAGGCAAGUGUGUGUUUCUGCCGACUGGAGCCCAGAGCUGGAAGGAAAAGUCCAACCGUCGGCGCAUCUUCGUGCAUGUGCACGUGUGUGUGUUCGAGUGUGUGUGUUCGAGAGUGUGUGUGUGCGCGGUUUUUUUGUUGUUUUUUUUCAUUCCGGAUCAUCACUUGAAGAGUUUGGACUGAAGAGACUUUGAACUUUUGUUGCCUGAAUAUACUUUUGCAGCUGUUUUAUUCCUCAAGAAUACUUUGAAGCUGUGAAUAUUUAUAAAAAAAAGAAGAAAAAAAAGCAUCUUUCUUUUUCUUUUCUUUUUGGAGCGCAGUCGUUGUCCCAGCAUCUCCACUUCGCCCUCGGGACCUCUUCAUCAGUCAGCACGAUCCCCUUCGCCGGGUUCCACGCGGGCAGCGGAGCUACGUGACCGCGCUCAUUCUCCGCAUUCACCGAAGCCCGGGGCCGAUGACGUGACGCCCUCAGACACCCCAUCCUCUUCCAUUCUCUCGUUUCUCACUGGGGUUCUUUUUUAAAGUUGUUUUUUCUUCUUCUUGUUGGGGCACUUUUGUUGGAUUGUUUCGUCGUGUUCAUUCGGGAUCACGCCAACCCCAUCUCCCCCCCCCCCACACCUCCCACCUCCCCCACUCGCAGACAUCACGAAAUGAAACUGGGUUUUGUCAUGGAGACCGCGGUGGCGCUUUAUCUGCUGCUCUCACCUGCACAGAGUCUACCUUUCCCAAGCAUAAACAGCACAACUGAAGUGAUAAUGUUUCAAGAAGUGUGGAGUCGCAGCUUCUGCCGGACCAUUGAGAAGCUUGUGGAGGUGGUGCAGGAGUACCCGACGGAGGUGGAGCACAUCUACAGCCCCUCCUGCGUGCCGCUGGUGAGGUGUGCAGGUUGUUGUGGGGACGAGAACCUGGAGUGUCAUCCAACGCACACCACAAAUGUCACCAUGGAGCUGCUGAAAAUCCGGCCAUCAGAGCCGGGUCAGGAAUAUGUUGAGAUGACGUUUGUGGAGCAUCAGACAUGUGAAUGUAGAGUCAGGAAACCUGCUGUGAUGGUUGAAAGGAAAAGGCAACGAGGGAGAGGACGGAAGAAAAAGGAGCGACAAAAAAUGAAAGAAUGUGACAAGUGCCAGGUCCCUCGAAGGUAACCGCGGCGGUGACCCAACCCCCUGUUGCAGCGUGGCUCAUUAUUUAUUUCCAGCCCAGUGACGGCAUCAAGAGUCUCCUCCGCUCAUCUAUCAACACUGUGUGCCAGAGACUCAAAAACCUGGGUUGUUUUGCUGACAUGCCUUCCUACUGGUGGGCAGAGCAUAUGUAACGACAAGGUUCAAUAGGAAGUGUGUUCUGAUUGGUGGAAACACUGCUGUUAAACCCGAGAUAACGGAUAUCCCUGGGAGCCAGUGCAAUGUAGAAUCAAACGGACUGAUGCCUUUUAUUUUACACUAGUUAUUACUGUAUCAAUUAUUGUAAUUUGUCAGUUUCUUCUGUAUUUAAACGUGGUUAAGUUUAAAAAUUGAUAUUUAUUGAUAUGGCUGAUUAUAUUUGGACCAGCAACGUGUAAAACGUUUGUCAUUCUUCGUUCAAACUUUAUCAAGGACACCUUGACUUGUCAUACCAGCAUAUGUUGGACAAAGUGGACAGCUGCUUUAUGAAAUGUCUCCAUCUAGUGUUUAAGGAAACAGCGUUCAAAACUGCACAAUAUGAAAGUAUUAUGAAGAAUUAGACAUAGGACAGUCACAAUCAAUCACAUCAUCAGCGUAUUGGCAUUAAUAAUUAAUCAGUUAUGAAAGUAACAAUGUGACCAAACAGUAGUUGGAAGUAUUUUACUGCCAAUUCACACCUUAAUAAGAGCAAUAUUUAUCAGAAAAGUUCAUCAGCUGAAGACGUCCACAGAAGAUUAUGUAUAAAUAAAUAUAUCAAAUUGUCAAAUAUGCUAUUUGUACUUUGAAUCCUCACUUUAUUACUUGGUGGGAGUUUCUGAGGGCAGCAUAGAAUAGUGAUUUCUAAAUGAACCAAAUUUCAACCAUGGGACAAAUCAGUGCAUUUUACAAGACAUCAGAAUUUGCCUUUGGAUUUUUUUGGGGGGUUCCUUCGUUUUUUUGUUAUUGGUCACAAGGUUUUCACAAGUAUGUACAAGUAUUUCUGUUUGGGUGGACCUGGUGACACAGGACUCCCAUGAGCCCGCAGCACAGGUGUCUUCCUCCAUCUGUUUUUGGAAACCCUGCAGUAAGGAAGGGAUCAACUGAAGUAGUGACGUAAGAAUCAUGUCCUUUUUGGGUGGGGG